UGCAGCAAGGCAGCCUCGAGAGCAGCACUCCAUAUACUUGUUCCAGACGUUUCUGAUAUCAGCUCUGCCUUGCUGGACACAUCUGAUCCUCCACCUAUGGGGUUCUCCAGGCGGCAGGUGGUCUUAAUCCUAACUGUGAUUGUGGUCACCACUUCUGUGUACUACAUCAGCAUGUCCCCAAGUUGGUCUCCAAAGCCAUAUACUAAAACUCCUCAUGAGAUGUCCACUGCAGAAGUUUUAAUGCAAGCCAGGAUCACCUCAGGAAAUUAUAAUAAAUCUAGUCUGCCAAUCAAAGUGACCAUUUCAGCGGAAUUCCGUAAAAACAUUCCAGUUAACAAUGCCUACUGGAAUCAGAGGCUGCACCAAGUGUUUGAGCAGUUAGAUAGGGAGGCUGUAUUGACCUCCAAACAACUGUCCACUUUUCCCUGUCUGUCGAACUUAAACAUUCCCAAGGAAAUUUCGGAUUUUGACUCAUAUCCUCUUAUAUACAAGAACUUCUUACCCACCAUAGACUGUCGAGAGUUCCCAAUAAUCAUCAAUCAGCCUCAGAAGUGUGCCCCACUGCAAGGUGGUGGGCACACUAACAGAACUUUUCUCCUGGUGGCUAUUAAAUCUCUUCCUAAACAUUUUGAGGAGCGUCAAACUAUUCGAGAGACUUGGGGUCGGGAACAGGUGUUUGAUGGGGGACUGAGGGUGCACAGUGUCUUCCUGUUAGGCUCUACUGGAGAGAAUGACCCUGACCUGCAAUUGCUACUGAAUUAUGAGAGUUCCCUCUUUGGAGACCUUCUACAGUGGGGGUUCCAGGAUACCUUUUUCAACCUGACACUGAAGGACAACUUGUUCCUGCUUUGGACAACCAUGUUUUGCCCAGAUGCUCAAUUCAUUUUCAAGGGAGAUGAUGAUGUUUUCGCCAACCCCAAACAAAUAGUAAGUUAUUUAAGGUCACUGGAUGCUGAGCAGGCCUCCAAACUGUAUGCAGGACAAAUUGUCACACAGGCCUCUCCCAUUCGUGACCCUAAGAGCAAGUAUUAUGUACCAAAGACUUUCUAUGAUGGUCCUUAUCCUCCUUACGCUGGUGGAGGUGGCUACCUUUUCUCAGGUGCACUUAUUAAGCCCCUCUAUCAUAUAUCUCAGGCCCUCCCACUGUAUCCCAUCGAUGAUGUGUAUACAGGGAUGUGUUUUCAGGCACUAGGAGUAACACCAUUGCGCCAUGAGCAGUUUCAGACUUUCGAUAUUUGGGAAAAAGACCGUCAAGACCCUUGUGUGCACAGCAAAAUCCUGCUAGUCCAUCGGCGGUCUCCACAACAGACAAAACAGCUCUGGAAUGCCAUCCACAGCCAUGAGCUGAAGUGCUGAUUUCAGGCAAAUUGUCUAGCACUUGCAGUCGCUUCCUUGAACCACAGUCUCGUGGGAUAAGAUGGGAAGCAUGUGACUCAAAUGGGGAGAGAGAAUCUAGUGUCUAUGGAGACUCAAGACCAUGAGGAAUGGAAGAGACCUUUGGCCUCAUUUACAAAUGUGAAUGUAGAUAUGAGUGAGCGUGUGAAUGGAAGCAAUUACAAAUAAGUCUUAUUCAGGAUUCCAGCCUAAGCCAUUGAAUCAGAAUGCUUUCCCAAUUGUGGGAUGAUAAAGCAUACUUGAUAAUCAGAGAGGUGCAUAUAUGCUUCUGAGCAACUGACGUGAAGAAAGUCUGCAUACUGUAUAUGAUGAAUAUGAGCCUUCAAAAUGACCUGUGAGGCCAGUCACAAGAAAGAUGUUGGAGCACAAAGGAAUGGACAAUCCAUAACAGCAGCCCUCAAAAUCUUGACUAACAACAUGCAAGAGUGGUGGCCUCAUUUCAUUUUGUCUUUACUAUAACAUAACAUUCAUAUACCUGCUUGCUCCAAGUUAAGAUUACAGAAGGCUGGAGCCUAUCCUGGCAGCAUCAAGUGCAUGGCAGGGUCUAACUCUUGAAUGGGACACCAACUCUUCAUGGGGACCACUCACGUGUGCCAAUUUGUAAUUAAUUCAUUCCCUAUUGACUUAACAGGCACAUCUUUGAAAUGUGAGAAUGUUGUUUUAUAGGCAGCGCAGGUGUUAGUGGUACAAAACUUAACAUAUCAAGCAUCCCCCUUGUUCAGGCUUGAUAAAAUAUUAAAGUAAUCUUUAUUAAAGUGAACUUCCACAUUAUAGAUAAACCACAAUAAAUGUUAACUAGUUUUGUACUAAUGGAGUACAUUCAAAGAGUUGUCAUAAUUUUAAGUAGGACAAUAGGAAAAAUAUCUGUCCCAUCUAUUCUAAAAUCAUUUAUUGUAAUUUGGGCAGUGCUGGGUGCAAGGCAGGAUUCACUCCGAGUCAGAGUGGCAGUCCACUGUAAGGCUCACUAGUCCACCCAUCCACAUACACAUUCACAUGGGGCCAAUUUACCUUAAGUGUCAAUCCAAAUUAAAUUAUUACUGUACUGCUUUUGCUGCCAUAUAUUAUAGGAAAUCCUUAUCAAUCAAGUAACAGCUAAAAUAUAUAUUUACACUGAACACAACUUCCAAUUCAUGGUACCAAUAAACCAAUUUAUGGUACUUAUAAACCACAUGAUAAUACAACCAAUUAUAUUUCCUUACCAUUAUUCAAGGCAAGCACUUAUGAGAUAAUUUAUCAUUUGGUUAAUAACGAUAAGUUAUACAUUGAUUUCUUAACUUUCAGUAUUACAGACAGCACAAAGUAUUAACCUCUACUAGGAACUGUGAUGGAUUCAUUUCAUGGAUGCCGUUGGGCAAACUGUUAUUUUGAUUUGAACCUAACCUAAUUCAACCCAAAUUACGCACAGGCAGUGAGAUUGUCUCCAACUGUAAAAUACAUUUGUAAUGUAUAUUAUUGCCGUUACCGUACAUGGAAGAUGGUUGAUUUUGUACUCACUGUUUCCUGUGUGAUGAGCUCAUCAGAUCACAGCUUCAGAGCUUGACAUGAUUCAUCUACAAUUUAGCACACGUGACGACGUAUGGCUGUGCUUCUUAAUUGGGUUGUGGUCAUGUAUGUGUUGAAUCACUACAUGAUUAAUCAUCCUAGUUCGCCCAGCUGUGAAUUUUGUGAAAUUUUGAGGAUAUGCCACCCUUGUAAUGCCAACACUAUUAGUUUAUGUUCAUGGACAUUUCUGAGGCAGAUUUUGUGAGAUUGCAACUGACCACCAGCAGUUCACUACAGUGCAAAUCUUCAAACUGAGAUACUUGAUGGUGCAAAUCCUCUACAAUUUACUUGGUGAUGAGGAUGGGAUGUAAUGGUGGUGUGGUGCCAGAAAGGUGGAGGCUGAGAGAAAGAGCGCACAGCUGACAUCCGCAGGAAUUGCUCCGCUCACAGUGUUCAAUGCAGCCAACGCAAAGAGUUCUUCUAUUAGCUCACACUGUAAGGAGACCACUUCUGAUUCACAGUUGACCAUUGUCAGUUCACCACAGUACAAAUCUCUGAAUUGGGAUGUUUUUGUGGUGUGAGUCCACAGCAGUUCAGCCCUCUUUUUAGUGUGUUAAUUAUUGCAGUAGCAUAUGAUAUGAGACAAGCAGUGCUGCAAAACAGAGAGCUUUCAUUUCUAUAUUUUUGAAAAUAUAAUAAAUUUUCCCCACAGCACCACCACCCCUCACAUAACCAAUGGUAUGGAACAAUCAACUAAGAUGACUAACAAGGGAAUAAAUGUACAAGAAAUAGGAAGACAGACAAGUUUGUAUGAUGAAAGCACAGUAGCACUAGUUUGAAAAAUUGAAAUUAAAAUUACAGGAAUAAGGGUGUGAUGAUUUUCAGGGUGUUGAAUCCAUAGAGUGGAGGUUUAUAUAGUUGCGUGACAGUGUUAGAACAUUAGAACAAUCUCAACGAGGCCAGGCCAUUCGUCCUAACAAAGUUCACCAGUCCCAUCCACUUAAUUCUUCUAACAAAACAUCUAGUUGUAAAGCCCACUAAAGUCCUACUCUCUACCACACUACUUGGUCACUUACUCCAGGUGUCAGUGGUUCUCUGGGUGAAGAAA